CUGGCAAGAGAUAGCUGCAUUGGAUAUACAUAUACCAUGACUUUUAAAUCUUAUCUGAGUGUUUUUGCCACUUGCGACUAAAGGUAUAAAACUGGAUUGCCAAAAAGAUUGGAUCACUUGUUCACCGACAGAGGAGUUUGGGAUUAGGACGUCGUGGUAGCUGACAUCAUGGGUGUUUCAAUGGGGCUGUUGUUCUUUUGUGUAGGGGUUGUUUUGCUGCAGACUGUCGUUUCUCAAGAUAGAAUACCGAUCGUCUCUCGGCGGCAACGAACUGAUAUAAAUCAACCAGGUGAAGAGGUGUUUGCAGAGCCAUCUUCGUUCAGUUGCGGUAACAUAUCGGACGGAACGCGUUUUGCUUGUGGCAGUUGCACAAACGUCAUGAUAUGCAAUUACCAAAAACAGGCUGUAGGUUCGUACGACUGUAGUUCCAUUGACCCCGCAAAUCCAUACUGUGAGGACGGGAAGUGUACAAACGAGACUGACUGUAAGAUAAAAAGCGAUUUAUGUCCUGCAACAGAUAAAUUUUAUCCAGUUCCGAACAACUGUAGUGAGGCGGUGUACUGCGGCACGGAUUACGUAGCCACCACAUAUACCUCGCCUUCUCCGUCGUAUAUGUUUGAUAUUGCAACUCAAUCAUGGGUUUUUCGCAAAACACCGGCCGAUUGUUUCCAAAUCAAUUGCGCCACUGCUGCAAAUAUGAACAAAUUUUUUGCAUACAAACCAAAUCCUCAGCUGUAUGUGUACUGCGGAACAAGUGGUCCACUCACAUUCCAAUGUGACGAUAAUAAUGUAUACAAUGAAUCAACGAAACGGUGUGAAUUUGGCUGCAUCAAGGAAGGCAAAUUUCCAAUUGCAGGAGAACCCACGAAAUUCUAUUCAUGUUUGGUUGGACCAAACGGAACGCUACAAAAGUUUGAAGAGUCCUGUCCUAUUGGUACGGAAUUCAACCCUGAUCCUGCAGUCCUUCGAUGCGUGAUAAAACUGGCUGGAAGCGGGUAGCGAAACGAAUUGAGAAAAUCAUGGAACCGCAUACGAUAUGAAGGAACAUUUCGAAUUUGUAUUUUUGUAAUUAUGAAUAACUGUAGUUAAACUAAAAUGCAUAUUGAACAAAGAGCGAAACAAA